UUUAAAUAGACGCACUGAUGCCAUAGCCUAUGAUCAAAAGGAGAAAGCUGUGGCUUCCGUAUACAAGAAACGGAAGCAAAUCACAACAGAAGCUCAUCGAUUUCUCUGUAUUCUUAGAAACGAUUUAAGAGAUAGACCUUCAAUCCAACCAAAGGAAUUGUGGGAACUGCAGAUUGGGGAGAAUCGAUAAUGGCGGCGAAGUUUCUAUCACUGGCAUGCAUAAGGCCGAACGACAGCGGGAAUUUGUCCCCCCGCCCCCACUAUCCUUCAAUGCCCAAGUAUCCGAAGGGCGUCACGGUUUCAUCUGAUGAGGAAAAAUUCGUGCAAGGAUCGGAGUCCAAGGCGCUUUUCUCGGUCACCGGAAUGACGUGUUCCGCCUGCGCCGGCUCGGUGGAGAAGGCCGUCAAACGCCUCCCCGGCAUCAAGGAGGCGGUGGUUGAUGUCUUGAACAACCGCGCCCAAGUGACGUUUUAUCCUGCUUUUGUCAAUGAGGAAACAAUCCGUGAGACAAUUGAAGAUGUUGGGUUCGAAGCCUCAUUGAUUAAAGAAGAAAUGAAUGAGAAAUCCUCUGGAAUAUGUAGGAUUCGCAUAAAAGGAAUGACUUGCACUUCUUGUUCCACAACAGUGGAAUCUAGUUUGCAAACUUUACCUGGUGUACAAAGAGCGCAAGUUGCAUUAGCAACUGAAGAAGCUGAAGUCCGUUAUGAUCCAAAGAUCUUGACUUACAGCCAUAUCGUGCAAGCCAUAGAAGAUACUGGAUUUGAGGCUAUUCUCAUCAGCACAGGGGAGGAUAGGUCCAAAAUACAUCUGCAAGUUGAUGGAAUGCACAGAGAAAGUUCCAUUAGAAUAGUUGGGAAUUCUCUUCAAGCAUUGCCAGGAGUUCAAGAUAUGAGCUUUGAUCCAGAGCUUAACAAGUUAUCAGUUUCUUACCAACCAGACUUGACGGGACCGAGAAAUUUUAUCGAAGUUAUAGAGUCAACUGGUUCUGGACGUUACAAAGCAAAAAUAUUUCCUGAAGGAGGGUCAAGAGGAGCUCAUAGAGUGGAGGAAAUCAAACAGUACUACAAAUCCUUCCUUUGGAGUCUGGUUUUCACCAUCCCUGUCUUUCUAACGUCCAUGAUCUUCAUGUAUAUCCCUGGUAUCAAGCAUGGGCUGGACACUAAGAUAGUGAACAUGCUUACGAUUGGGGAGAUAAUAAGGUGGAUAUUGUCCACACCAGUUCAGUUCAUCGUCGGUCGACGAUUCUAUAUAGGUGCAUACAAAGCAUUAAGACAUGGCUCAGCAAAUAUGGAUGUCCUGAUUGCACUGGGAACAAAUGCUGCUUAUUUCUAUUCGGUUUACUCAGUGUUGAGAGCCUUCUCUUCUCCAAGUUUUGAGUCAACUGAUUUUUUUGAAACCAGUUCAAUGCUCAUUUCUUUUAUAUUACUGGGGAAGUAUCUGGAGGUUUUGGCAAAGGGGAAAACUUCUGAAGCCAUAGAGAAGCUCAUGGACCUGGCUCCUGAAACAGCAACCCUGUUAACCUUAGACAGUGAUGGAAAUGUCUUGAAUGAGGAAGAAAUAGACAGUCGACUAAUACAAAAGAAUGACAUCCUGAAGAUCGUCCCUGGUGCGAAAGUAGCUUGUGAUGGAUUUGUUAUCUGGGGACAAAGUCAUGUAAAUGAGAGCAUGAUUACUGGAGAAUCCAGGCCAGUUGCAAAAAGGCAAGGUGACAUGGUGAUUGGAGGGACAGUGAAUACAAAUGGGGUGCUACACAUAAAAGCGACGAAGGUUGGAUCAGAGAGUGCUCUUGCUCAAAUUGUUCGAUUGGUUGAAUCGGCACAAAUGGCAAAAGCUCCAGUCCAAAAGCUUGCUGAUCGCAUUUCCAAAUUCUUUGUCCCUUUAGUUAUAAUUCUUUCAUUUUCCACUUGGUUUGCCUGGUUUUUAGCCGGAAAACUAAAUGGAUAUCCUAAAUCUUGGAUCCCUUCUUCCAUGGAUAGCUUCCAGCUCGCACUUCAGUUUGGCAUUUCUGUCAUGGUCAUAGCCUGCCCAUGUGCACUUGGCUUGGCUACUCCAACGGCUGUUAUGGUUGGCACUGGAGUUGGUGCUUCUCAAGGAGUCUUAAUUAAAGGUGGCCAGGCAUUAGAAAGCACUCACAAGGUGAACUGUAUAAUAUUCGACAAGACAGGAACUCUUACAGUUGGAAAGCCAGUGGUUGUCAACACAAGGCUCUUGAAAAACAUGGUUCUUAAAGAGUUCUUUGAACUAGUUGCUGCUGCUGAGGUAAACAGUGAGCACCCACUAGCCAAAGCAAUUGUUGAGCAUGCUAAAAAGUUCAGGCAAGAAGAAGAGGGCUCUGUUUGGCCUGAAGCCCUAAACUUUGAAUCCAUAACUGGUCAUGGUGUGAAGGCUGUUGUUCGGAAUAAAGAGGUCCUUGUUGGAAAUAAGAGCUUAAUGGUGGAUCACGAUAUCAGUAUUUCACUUGAUGCUGAAGAUGUGCUUGCAGAAACCGAAAGCUUGGCUCAAACUGGGAUUCUUGUAUCUAUUGACAGGGAGCUUGUUGGCAUUCUUGCCAUCUCUGAUCCAUUGAAGCCUGGUGCUCGUGAAGUCAUUUCUUUUCUAAAAUCUAUGAGAGUGAACAGUAUAGUAGUGACAGGUGACAACUGGGGGACUGCAAAUGCAAUUGCCAAGGAAAUCGGCAUAGAUACUGUCAUUGCAGAGGCCAAACCCGAACAUAAAGCAGAGAAAGUUAAGGAACUACAGGCUGCAGGCAAUAUUGUGGCAAUGGUGGGAGAUGGAAUCAAUGACUCACCUGCCCUCGUAGCUGCAGAUGUUGGGCUUGCAAUCGGCGCAGGCACCGACAUUGCUGUUGAGGCGGCUGAUAUUGUGCUGAUGAAGAGCAAUUUGGAGGAUGUUAUAACCGCCAUAGACUUAUCAAGAAAAACGUUUACCAGAAUCCGCCUUAACUAUCUCUGGGCAUUAGGAUACAACAUCCUCGGCAUCCCCAUUGCCGCUGGGGCACUUUUCCCUUCGAUUCAUUUCCGCCUGCCACCCUGGAUUGCCGGAGCAGCAAUGGCAGCCUCUUCAGUUAGUGUAGUCUGCAGCUCUCUCUUGCUGAAGUAUUACAAGAGGCCUAAGCAGCUGGAAACUCUUGAAAUAAGAGGGAUCACUGUUGUCUAGUUCAUUAGUUAGUUUGUCUUUCUUAGUGCUGAAUCUUGUAAAUAUGCAUUAAAACCUCUCUCUCUAUGUCUAUAAUGUUCAAAAUUUCGCAACUUUUAAUCUUUAGGUAGUCCGGAUGCGCUAUACGCAACGUUGCGAUGGCCGUCCACAGUUCAAACCUGGAUUUAGGUUCAGAAAUGUUAGCAAAGAGAGAUGAUCUGAACCUUCUCUUGCAGUUUCUCAAAAUUCUACAAAAAUGUGCAUUGUUAUUUAGUUUGCUACAAAAUAAAUAAAUAAAAAUAAUAGAUUAUUUGUGUCGUU